AUUCAUGAGACACUUGGCGAUUUUAUGUCAACUUAUUCAAACAAUUCGUCAUUGGUUUUUAAAGCUUGAUCUUAUCUACAAAGAUUUCAAAGAUUGUGUUUUAUCUACGAUGGGAUUUCGCUUGCACUGAUAGAGAAAAAUAACAUACGGGAAACUGGGAAAGGGAUUCAACUUAAGAACAAGAACACAUGCCACUAUAUACAAAUGCAAUGUUAGCGGAACGACAAGAGAACAUUACAACGACAGGGAACACACAACAACGUUUCCAGGAGAAUUUAACUCAAGUUGGCGAAAAUCCCGAACUUCAUUAUAACCGUGGAGUUUUAACAGGUAGUACAUGUGGCACAGGAGGAAUGGGAAUGUUCAAUGAUACCUCAGACACUAACCGAACAAACAGAUUCGAUAACUUUGACCAGAGACAAAGGGAGUCGAGUUGUGGUGGACCGUACAAUCAAACUGCAGGUGUACCGGUCAGUUUUAAAGAACCCUCGACACACGGCAUGGGGGUAAAAUCAGAGCCAGAUUCCGACGACAGUCAAGAGUUCUCAGACGAUAGCAAUAUGGGCGAGGGCUUCACUAACGGAAAUGGGACAGGUGCCGGAAAUGACGUCAAUGGACAGAUGCCGAAGAAAACUAUUGCACAAAUCAUGCGUGACAAGAAAAAACAACAAGCACUUACACUUGCAUGGCUAGAAGAAAACUACUGUAUAUGCGAGGGUGUGUGUCUACCAAGAUGUAUUCUUUACUCCCACUAUUUAGACUUCUGCAGAACGGAGAACCUAGAACCUGCCUGUGCAGCUACGUUUGGAAAGACUAUUCGUCAGAAAUUUCCCCACCUUACCACACGACGACUUGGAACAAGGGGCCAUUCAAAGUACCAUUAUUAUGGCAUUGGUAUUCGAGAGAGCAGCCAAUAUUACCAUUCAGUCUAUUCCGGAAAGGGCCUCACCAGAUUUUCAGAGGGCUGCAAAAUGUCCAACGAGGGUGGUUUUACCAGGAAGUAUCAACUUAGCUCCAAGACGGGUACUCUACUCCCAGAAUUCCCCAAUGUAAAUCAUCUCCUGUUACCGCUGGAACUCUCCAAAGAUAAGGUUGAAACGUUUCUGAUGAUGUAUAGAACACACUGUCAGUGCAUCUUGGACACAGCUAUCAACCAAAAUUUUGAUGAGAUUCAGAAUUUCCUGCUCCAUUUCUGGCAAGGAUUGCCAGAUCAUCUCUUGCCUCUAGUCGACAACAGUCUCGUCAUAGACCUCAUAUGUAUAUGUGAUAGCAUUCUUUACAAAGUACUCAUUGAUGUUCUAAUUCCUGCCACAAUGCAAGAAAUGCCAGAAACACUGCUCUGUGAUACAAGAAACUUUGCCAAACAUUGGGAGAACUGGGUCCUCUCCGCAUUAGACAACAUGCCAGAGAUACUCCUGGAGACGAAAUUGCCAGUGGCUCGCAGAUUCUCACAGUCACUGAAGCGACAGACAUCAUUUCUUCACCUUGCACAGACUGCAAGGCCGGUGCUGUUUGAUGCCACCCUAGUGAACCAAAUGAUAUCUGACACGGAACGGGUCGAUCUUGGGAGCAUAGGUACACAAACGAUGCUUGUCAGCCCCGAUGGCGAAUUUGAUACAGAACUCAACUCGGAAUUUUUACAGGAUAUGAAAGAGUUGCUACGCAAGCAGGCAACAGUUGAAUCCUUCAUCGAGUGGCUGGACACGGUGGUAGACCAAAAGGUGAUCAAACCAAGCAAACAAAACGGAAGGUCAUUCAAGAAGCGCGCACAGGAAUUCCUCCUCAAGUGGUCGUUCUUUGGCGCCAGAGUCAUGCACAAUCUUACGUUGAAUAAUGCCCAGAGCUUUGGGUCUUUUCACCUGAUACGGAUGCUGCUAGACGAGUAUGUGUUGUUAGCAGUAGAAUCUCAGUUACACAAAGAAAAAGAAGGGGAACUCCAAAACAUCCUUGAUAAGCAUAUAAAAAUGGACGAAAGGGGUAUAAGUCCUUGGGAUAGUGGCCCUGCCAAAUCUUGCUAUACACCAAAGCCAAAUGUGAAACGGGAACUUUACCUCGAGCAUCCCUAUGAUAGAAACAUUGGCUUUUCUACCGGGGACCAUCUAUUUAACUUGGCUAGAAUGACACAGAUGCAGGGGCAGAUUGCUGGUAACAGUAUGUUGACGCCACCUAUAUCUCCCAACAUGAUAGGCCAGAGAGGAAGUGUUAUCAGUCAGACAAACACCCUGUCACAUCCAUCCUCGCACUACCCAUACUCCUACUUUACAGGCCAAUCAGAAUAUACUCACCAACCAACAUAUCGGGGUUACGACCACCUCAGUGCAUUCCGGACCCAGCCAUAUCACAACCCGUACUCUUUGGGGCACCGAGAGGACAUCAUGGCCCCCACAGCUUACACAGCUGAACCUUGCUACUCGGAUUACAACCACAAUCCGUGGGCGUUAUCUAAUGCGCCACAUGUGCCUUAUUCUAGUUCUAUGGGGUUACCGCAAGGUGGCACAACUGUUGGGUCAUCAAGUGCUUUUGAUGUGGUUCAGGGAUCAUCUCAAAACGGAAACAAUAGCUGCUUCAGGCAAUGCUCGGAGUCCUAUUUUCCUAAUACAAGUAAUAAUGGAGGACUUAACUAUAACCAAGCGACCUCUAAACCGCAUGUGGAGCAUGUUUCUGUUAUACAAUCAAGACCUGGAGCGAACUACAGCAACGAGACAAGAGACCCACUCAAUCUUCUAGAUAAGCAGCCAAUCCGCCCUUCCUGUGUUGUACAAACCUGCCAGCCUGAACAAGGUCCAUCUACGUCUGCUCCACAAAGCUGUGAGGACUACCAAGAUGGUUUCAACAUGGCCGUUAAUGGUGUCAUUGAAACAAGCCACCCCAUUGGCCCACCUUUAUCAGCAUACUCAGAAACGCCACAACUUCCACACAUCGGCACCGCUUUUAUGUGCUAACGGAUCAUCAAGGAAUUUGUGUGUGAACUGUUCUUCAUCAAAGUGUAGAAGCUAAUCAUUAAGCAGAUUUGUGUGUUAACUACUUGUCCAAGAAAUAUUUUUAUGUGCAAACGUAGCUAUUCAUCCAUAGAGUUUAUUUAUUAUUCGAUAUCAUAAAGGAAAAUUGAAAUUCGGUAGCUUAUUAUCAUCGGAGUUAUGCAUAUGUUGAAUGAUAAUUAAUGUGGUAGCUAGUAAUCAAGGAAAUUGAUGUGCAUUUAGUGAUCAUUAAAGAAACCUUAAACUAUGGUAGCUUAUAUUAAUCGGAGUUAUGCGUAUGUUCAAGAGAAUAAAUGUGGUAGCUAAUAAUCUAGGGAAUUGAUAUGCGUUUAGAGAUCAUCAAGAAAUCUUAAACUAUGGUAGCUUAUAUUAAUCGGAGUUAUGCGUAUGUUCAAGAGAAUAAAUGUGGUAGCUGAUAAUCAAGGGAACUGAUAUGCGUUUAGUAAAGAAACUUCAAUGUGGUAGCUCUAUGAAAUAUAUAUGUUAGCUCAAGUAAAAUUAAAAAUUGGUAGCCAAUGCUAACAACAGGGGUGUUUAUGCAUUUACCGACCAUCAGAGAAAAUUGAAUCCAUUGGAUUGAUUACAUUUUGCGUUUAAUCAGAAUAGUAAUUUUUUAUGAAGGAUUCAAAUGCUAAGUAGUCGACUUUUUGUAACGGCGUUCGGUGUCAGCGUUUGUGACAAUCGUUACACUUUUGUUAUUGUAACCAGGUGGCGUAUUUUAUAAUGUAUCCGUGGAAGAUAGAUGGAACUGAUAAAAGUUAAAUUGGCAUACAACAUUUGCAGUCUGAGGAGUUUCAUGGAGAUGUUUCGUCGUACAAUUAUAUAAUAUAUAAUUAAAUUGUUUUAUAUUUUUUAAUUUAUAUGUAUAUCUAAUAUACACAAUAUCAUUAACAGUCACAGUAUGAUGUAGAUAUAUGUACAUUGGGCUAAUCAACGCCCAUGUUAGUUUAUAUUACACAUAUAUAUUUAAGUAUCAUGUAGUAUGUGUUAUACAGUGGAUAAAUAUAUUCGGCAUCUAUAUAUCUUAGAAAU